GGGAUCAACAUGGCCGCUGCACCCCGGACUGUGUUGAUCUCCGGCUGCUCAUCAGGAAUUGGUCUGGAACUUGCAGUGCAGCUGGCCCAUGACCCCAAGAAGCGUUACCAGGUGGUGGCCACCAUGAGGGACCUGGGGAAGAAGGAGACACUGGAGGCAGCUGCUGGGGAGGCUUUGGGGCAGACCCUCACCGUGGCCCAGCUGGACGUGUGCAGUGACGAGUCGGUGGCUCAGUGUCUCAGCUGUAUCCAGGGAGAAGUGGAUGUGCUGGUGAAUAAUGCUGGGAUGGGUCUGGUGGGGCCCCUGGAGGGGCUCAGCCUGGCUGCCAUGCAGAAUGUCUUUGACACCAACUUUUUUGGAGCUGUCCGUCUCGUCAAAGCUGUGCUUCCAGGCAUGAAGAGGAGGCGGCAAGGCCACAUCGUGGUGAUCAGCAGUGUCAUGGGGCUGCAGGGUGUCAUCUUCAACGAUGUCUAUGCAGCCUCCAAGUUCGCCCUGGAGGGAUUCUUCGAAAGCCUGGCUAUCCAGCUGCUGCAGUUCAACAUCUUCAUCUCCCUGGUUGAACCAGGCCCCGUGGUCACCGAGUUUGAGGGGAAGCUUCUGGCGCAGGUUUCUACAGCUGAGUUCCCAGGCACUGACCCUGACACCCUGCACUACUUCCGGGACCUCUAUCUCCCAGCCUCCAGGGAGCUGUUUCGCUCCGUGGGACAGAGCCCACAGGACGUGGUUCAGGCCAUUGUGAAUGUCAUCAGCUCGACUCGGCCACCCCUGCGCCGACAGACCAACGUCCGCUACUCCCCGUUGAUCAUGCUCAAAACCGUGGACUCCUCCGGCAGCCUGUAUGUGCGAACCACCCACCGCCUUCUCUUCCGCUGUCCACGCCUCCUCAACCUUGGCCUUCAAUGUCUGUCCUGCGGCUGCCUCCCAACCCGAGUGCGGCCAAGAUGA